CGCCGCCCGGCGGCGGAGACCCGCGCAGCCCGCGUUCACGAUGAAGCGGCCCCGGGAGCCGAACGGCUCCGACAGCGAGUCCGACGGACCCAUCGACGUGGGCCGCGAGGGCGAGCUGAGCCAGAUGGCCCGGCCGCUGUCCACCCCCAGCCCUUCACAAAUGCAAGCCAGGAAGAAACGCAGAGGGAUCAUAGAGAAACGGCGCCGGGACCGCAUCAACAGCAGUCUUUCUGAACUGCGGCGCUUGGUCCCCACUGCCUUUGAGAAGCAGGGCUCCUCCAAGCUGGAGAAAGCCGAGGUCCUGCAGAUGACGGUAGAUCAUUUGAAAAUGCUCCACGCCACUGGCGGGACAGGAUUCUUUGAUGCCCGAGCCCUGGCAGUUGACUUCCGGAGCAUCGGUUUUCGGGAGUGCCUCACUGAGGUCAUCAGGUACCUGGGGGUCCUGGAAGGGCCCAGCAGCCGUGCAGACCCGGUGCGGAUUCGCCUUCUUUCCCACCUCAACAGCUAUGCAGCUGAGAUGGAACCUUCACCCACACCCGCCGGGCCCCUGGCCUUCCCUGCCUGGCCCUGGUCCUUCUUCCAUAGCUGCCCAGGGUUAUCUGUCCCAAGCAACCAGCUCGCCAUCCUAGGAAGAGUGCCCGGCCCCAUCCUCCCCAGCACAUCCUCUCUGGCGUACCCCAUCCCAGCAUUCAGAACCGCCCCCUUGCGCAGAGCCGCUGGCACCAUCCUGCCAGCCCGGAGGAAUUUGCUGCCCAGUCGAGGGGCGUCUUCUAUCCGGAGGGCCCGCCCCCUGGAGAGGCCAGCUGCCCCCCUGCCCGUGGCUCCCCGCGGCAGGGCUGCCAGGAGCAGCCACAUGGCCCCCCUCCUGCGGUCUUCUUCCCCUGCCCCCCCUGGCAUUGUGGGGUCUCCUGCUUUUGUGGCUCUUCCUGCCCCGAGGCCCUCUUCCCCGGGGCCAGCCGGGAGACCAGCAGGAGCUGUGCUCUGCCACUCCUGGGUCUCUGAAAUCACUGAAGUUGGGGCUUUCUGAGCUGGCUUUGCCCCCAGGAAUGAGGAGAGUUCUUUUUCCUGGAGCUCUAAAAAUGACGUCGCCUUUUCUGCUCUGCUUCUUGGACUGGUUCACAUAUGAAUGUGUCUUCUUCACCCAGCAGAGACCCCCUCCUCCGUUGGCCCAUCUCCCCUCCUCACUGCUUGUUCCAGCUUUCCUGGGGCUGUUCUGAUCUUAGAGGUUUGGUCUCAUUUCUUCCCUGGAGAGGUGAGUCCCAGGAGAGCCUCCCCCACCCAACCCCGAGAGCUGUGCCCAGACCUCUCUCCUGCCCCAAGACACACGGGGCAGUAGGCAUUAAUCUCAGGUCUGGGAGAAACGCUUUCACCUAAAAGGCACAACGACCUAAGGCACGCUGCUGCCCUAGAGGUCAGACCCCAGCCAGGAGCAGUGACUGCCUGGCUGCAGCUUUCCCAGGCCCCCAGGGCCAGAACAUAGUGUCUGUCUCGCUUCCUGAGACAGUAACUGCACAGGGGCCACAAAGAGAUCUCCUGGGAACCCUGUCUGCCCCAGCCCACCUGUCUCCCGCCCAUCGCAGUGAACCCAGAACAGACCUGCUGUCCACCACGGCCAAGGCUGGUGACUGGGAGCCCAGCAGGGCCGGUUCCUGCCCUCUUCCCAGGUGCUGGCACCCACCCUCCCGCUGACCAGCAGUUCCCUGCACAUAGCUGGGAGGUCUUGGGGCUCUGCAACAGGGCAUCCUCCCCACCAGGCCUCGGACAACGCUCCCAGACAGGAGCCAGGCUUGAGAAGCAGAGAACCCGGCACCCUGCCUCCCACGCGGUCACCAUCCUCCAGGCCUGUGGUCCCAUCAGAUACACAGUGCAGAGGCCGUGUUCCCACGUGAUGGCGCCCGGAGAGGAAUCCUCUUGGGAUUCGGCACCAGACGUCUGUGCUGCCUGGUUUGCAUCCGGCUCACGGGGCCCAGACUGCUGGGACCGCCAAGGGCUGUCAGGCUGGACGAAAAUAACUGCGAGGAGGGGCGAGAGGAAGGACAGUCAGAGGCGGCUCGGCCCUUCAAGGUCACACAGUGGGUCAAGGGCCUGAGAUCCUGUUCACCUGGGAUUCCACGCAGCUGGCUCUGCUCAAGGGCCGUUGCGUUACCCAGCUCCAGCGCAGGCCACGUUCCCUCUAACAGCGGGAACAAAUGGCCCGGAGACCUUUCCCAGUGGAACAGCAGGACCCGGAAAGGACAGGGUAGUCCAGGAGCUACACACAGCCAGCCCAGUGCUGCCAGAUGGUUGUUAAAGGGUAGAAACACUUCUGUGCUUGUUGACAAACCUGCGCUCCCUGAGUGCCUCCCAGUGCCCCCACCACAUGGCCUUUCCCCCAGGACCCCGUGCUGGUUAAUGCCUGGCCCACCCAAGGCCACGGGCCUUCCAGCUGGCAAGUCGUUGGUGCUUAUUCUGCACUGGUUAUUAAAUGCUUCUCAUGUCACCCCUGGAAGAGUCUCCCACCCCCGCCCUUCAAUGGAACAACCCUCCCAGAGGCUGAAUUGAGGAGACUCCACGGGCUCAAAAAAGUAGAGUUUGCAAAAGCCCUGGGGAAAAAAGGGCCCUUUCAGAGAAGUGGGUAGGAGGGCAGAGAUCAUUUAAAUGACCCAGAAAGCUCUUUUGAGAAGGCAAAUUCCUCAAGGAGGACUAAAGAACUGGAGUAAUUCUUUUAUUCCUCAGUGUGAGGUAGUUGGAUCAGAUAUCGCCCUCCUCCUGGACCCAUCUGCGGGUAAGGUAGUGGGGAGAGAGGCGUCAUUUCAGGGAGUGGGUCACUGGCCGGGAGUGCUCCUGAGGGAGACAGAGAUAGAGGGAAACAGAGAGGCAGGGAGGGCGGCCAGCAGGCUCCUAGGAUGUGGGAGAGGGGGACAGAGGGAGGUGGCAGAAGGCAAAGCCAACUUCGCCUUUCUCACAAGGGGCGGGAAGACCAGCUGUCCCCAAUCCCUCUCCCUCCUCCCCCUCCCCCUCUUUGCCAUCCUCCCCUGCACGCUCCUCCUCAUUGGCCACUGCAGGUGGUGGCUCACUGCUGCCAGGAUACCAGGUCAGGGCUCCAGUCCUGCAGCUUGACCACCUCCUAAUGCAAGAAUCCAUCAUUUACUCAUGGCGGGACAGUGGGGAACACAUUUUCAUGUUUCCAAUACCCCACUCCAAAAGAACCAGUUGACGCCGCUGAAUGAGGUGGAAAUGACCCAGAACUUUCAGCAUCUUGGUUGCUCUUGGGUUCAUUCUCCCUGAGGAAUUGUGGGGGAAGAGGUGACUGUACGUAUUGGUUUCCGUGGUUGAGGACUUGUAUCUUUGUUUAUAUCCCCAAGCCUUUCUGGUGCCCCCGACUCCCACCCCAUCACUGGGGUUGUCGCAGACAUUCAAUAAAGUUUUUUUUUAGCUCU